AUGGGUUGUAAUUUCUCAAAGUACUCAACAUGCUGUUGUAGUACUGAGCAAGGUGGUGUUCAGGUUCCUGAGGCAAACAUUGAGGAAAAUGAAGACAAUAAUGUUGAGGGAAAUGGCUUGGCGUCUUUUCGUGAAUAUACAAUUGACCAGCUUAGGAAGGCUACCUCUGGAUUUGCAAUUGAAAAUAUAGUUUCUGAGCAUGGUGAAAAGGCUCCAAAUGUUGUCUAUAAAGGGAAACUUGAAAAUCAAGUGCGAAUUGCGGUCAAACGGUUCAACAAAUCAAACUGGCCAGAUGCCCAUCAAUUUCUGGAAGAGGCCAGAGCUGUUGGCCAGCUAAGGAGCCAAAGAUUGGCAAAUCUGCUUGGAUGUUGCUGUGAAGGUGAUGAAAGGUUGCUUGUAUCAGAAUAUAUGUCCAAUGAUACUUUGGCAAAGCACUUGUUCCAUUGGGAAACUCAGCCCAUGAAGUGGGCAAUGCGGCUUAGAGUUGCUUUAUACCUUGCCCAAGCUCUGGAGUACUGUACCAGCAAAGGACGUGCUCUGUACCAUGAUCUAAAUGCUUACAGAGUUCUUUUUGAUGAUGACUUCAAUCCUAAACUUUCAUGCUUCGGUUUGAUGAAAAACAGUCGAGAUGGAAAAAGUUAUAGUACGAAUUUGGCAUUUACACCACCAGAGUAUCUCAGGACAGGUAGAGUUACUCCAGAGAGUGUAACUUACAGCUUUGGGACCCUUUUGCUCGACCUUCUCAGUGGAAAACAUAUUCCUCCAAGCCAUGCCCUUGACCUGAUCAGGGACAGGAACCUUCAGAGUCUAACAGACUCAUGUUUAGAAGGACAAUUUUCAGAUGACGAGGGGACUGAAUUGGUUCGUCUAGCCUCACGAUGUUUACAAUCUGAACCGAGAGAGCGUCCUAACCCGAAGUCACUGGUCACUGCUCUAAUACCUUUGCAGAAAGAUUCUGAGGUUCCUUCUCAUGUGCUGAUGGGCAUACCUGAUGGUAGUGCUGCUUUUCCUCUUACUCCACUCGGAGAAGCUUGUCUACGCAUGGAUCUGACUUCCAUACAUGAGGUGCUGGAGAAAAUUGGGUAUAAAGAUGAUGAGGGGGCAGCUACUGAGCUUUCAUUCCAAAUGUGGACCAACCAGAUGCAGCAAACAAUAGACUCGAAGAAGAAGGGUGAUUCUGCUUUUCGGGUGAAGGACUUUAAAACUGCAAUUGAGGGCUAUACACAGUUUAUUGAAGUUGGAAGCAUGGUUUCUCCAACAAUUUAUGCGCGUCGUAGUCUGUCUUAUCUCAUCAACAAUAUGCCAAACGAAGCACUUGGUGAUGCAAUGCAGGCGCAAAUGAUAUCUCCUGUUUGGUACAUUGCAUUUUAUUUACAAGCUGUUGCUCUUUUAGCUCUUGGCAAGGAGAAUGAUGCCCAAGUGGCACUUAAAGAGGGUUCUUCACUUGAAGCUAAAAAUAGCACAAAUUAGUUGAAGUGGUUAUUGGCUUAUAGCCAAAUCUUGAAGAUAACAUUUACAUAGAAAAAAAGUUGUUGGUUUCUCAAUGUUUUGGUAAAUGUACAUGGGGGCUACAGUUUCAUCCUAUUGGAAAAUUAUUUAGGAUGGUUUUAAGGUUUAUACUUGUGCAUGCCUAGAAGCAUUCUUUUGCACAGGCUGGAAGAGAGGCGUGUUUGUAAAGAUUCACCUGUCAGUUUAUGUUGGCAUUUGUUGGCCGAAUAUCAAAUGCUGUUGUUGUGCUUGUAAUUUAAUGUACAGAAUGGCUACCAUAUUGACAUGUUUUUGUAUGAUAUAUAUAUUGAUACUGAUAUAUUCAUUUUCCUUCUAAUAAAUUAUUUUACUCCA